UUGCCACAGCACCUCAACAUCGUCGCUUAGCCCAGUCUAAUAACAUCGAAACUCUCCGAGAGGAGCUCCGGGCCAUCUAUCACGGGACGUUAACAAUCCUUAAUAACUUGCAAUUGCUAUCGGAAGCGCACCCGAUGGCGCAGCCUGCUGUAUCGAACUCUUGGGACUCGAGCGUUAUACCCGAGAUCCCCAGUAUAAACCCCAGUUUUUCGCAUUUGGUCACAAAUGAUCAUGGGAACGUGGAUUCUUCUGGAUCGCUAAACAUGCAGAAUGCUACAAACCAUAACGUCCUGAGCGCGCAGGCCGCUAAUCCUAGCCCGCACAUCCCGCACGGCCUCCCUGAUGCGGCCAGUGGUUUGUACAUCCCCGGUUCACAGAUGUUUGGAGCAUCUACGACGGACAGCAGCCCCUCCCUCUCUCGGGCCUAUGAACAAUUUACUACACUACCCUCACAAUAUCUCAACGGCAAUGACAUCUCCCCGAGUACACAGUAUCAAUUUACUGGGUCAGCCAAUGUGACCAACCUUGAACAGAAUCAGUACGGGAAUAAUGGCCAUCGGUGGUCCGAGAACUCGCACGUGGGCUUCCAAAACCCCUCCGCUGCUACCGGACAAGCCUUGCCGCCAGUCAUAUCUCCAAAUAUUUACUAUCAAUCUGUUUUCCCCCAUCAGGUUCAGGGCUUGCAGCACUAUGUUCCAUAUCAAAAUAUGGUACAGGUCCCUCAAAUUAGCAACACUCAGCCGGCGACAGCAGGCCCAACGAGACUAGAUGCCCCUGCAGUUCCUUCGCUUAAUCGACAGACUUCAUUUCGGCCUCGCCAAUAUGGUCAAUUUCCGCAAGCGGGGGUGUCGCCCACAUCAACAUCUAUCCAUCAUAGGCGGCAGCAUCGUAACCAUAGUAUUACUUCAAGCGCCCCUCCUGUCCAGCAGCAACAUACACGGUCCAAUUCGCAGAAUCUGUACGUGCGAGCUCGACCUAUGAGAGACUCCAAUUCUUUGAAUGUGCCUUCCCCACAGAUUCAGAGAAGCCACUCUGCGGUGACUGCAGUGCCGCAGGUUUUACCUACUGCGGGGGGUGAGGCUCACUACCCACCGCCACUCACUCAGCAGGAGCAAAUAGAACUCGCUCGGAGACUCCACAUGAGAGAGAUGCUGCGUUCCGCACGAUCCAGUGAACAUCAUCGGCUGCAUUUAUACGAGGAAGACUACCUUCGACAUCAUCGUCGGCAGCAAGAGGAAGCGGCCUCGCACUGUAAAGGCUUAGAUGAUCAAAAAGAUGGGCGCCCAGAGCCAAAGGACGAUGAGGAACUGAAUGUCAACCUCGAGUGUAAAAUCUGCAUGAGCCAGCUUGUGGAUACAGUUCUCAUUCCUUGCGGGCAUGCGAUUCUUUGUCGUUGGUGUGCUGAACAGCAUUCGCGGUCAGAUCGAAUGCGACCGAAGGCGUCGGUGGUUUGUCCGCUUUGCCGCGCUCCUGUGAAGCAAAAGCUCCGCAUUUAUCUCUCUUGACAUUUUGCUAAGUUUGAUGAAUACUCUCAUCACAGAUUCUACGACUUAUGACUGUUAUGUAGUUCCCAUCUAACCUCUUCUUGUUCUCUUGCUCGGAGUCUACCUCUAUAUUUUGGGUUACUGGGAGUGGUAAUUGCAUUAUUUUGGAGUAUUGGUUCCAGCGAAGGGCUAUCAACAGUUUCUUGAGCAUAUGAUUUUUGCGACCACAGAUUGGCAUUGGGAUGACAAUUUGAAGUUCCAUUUGGGGAGAGAUUGGCUUACGAGUUCCAGAUUGACUCUUAUAGCCAUGAGACAGCCCCCAUCUCUACGCUAGAUAUUUCCUUUGAACUGUAUGGAUUUAUCCUGUCAAUAGCAUACUCAGGCCUCAUGUUCAU